AUGGCGGCCAUAUCAUCGCUUCCGUUCGCUGCACUGCGCCGAGCGGCCGACUGGAGGCCGUCGACGGCGACUGCCGCGGUGAGCGUCUCCGGUGGCGUCAUGCUCAACGCGAGGGCUCGGCGGGGCUCACGUUCGGUGGUGCGCUGCGUCGCUACGGCUGGUGACGCCGCAGUCCCCCAUCCCUCUGCAUCCAGCUCGCGCUGCGGUGCCGCUCGAGCUAGGCAGCGCCGAUGCGUUGCUGCAGCGACCGACGGGCAUCGUACUUGGUACGAACUGAUACACGGUGCCGCUGAGCUGCAAGCUAAUAUCCCACCUACUGUGGCAGAUACAAAGAUGAACUUCCUGAAGUCAUACAAACGUCCUAUUCCAAGCAUUUACAGUACAGUCCUACAAGAACUUUUGGUGCAGCAACAUCUGAUGAGAUACAAAAGUACCUAUCAGUAUGAUCCUGUGUUUGCUCUUGGAUUUGUCACCGUCUAUGACCAGCUUAUGGAAGGGUACCCCAGCACUGAGGACAGGGAUGCCAUCUUCAAGUCAUACGUAACGGCGUUAAAUGAAGAUCCUGAGCAAUACAGGGCUGAUGCACAAAGGAUGGAAGAGUGGGCACGCUCACAAAAUGGUAACUUGUUAGUUGAAUUUUCUUCCAGAGAUGGGGAAAUAGAGUCCAUUCUGAAAGAUAUAUCAGAAAGGGCCCAGGGUAAGGGAAACUUCAGCUACAGCCGGUUCUUUGCUGUUGGCUUGUUCCGUUUGCUUGAGCUCUCAAAUGCGACGGAGCCAACCGUACUGGACAAGCUUUGUGCUGCUCUAAACAUCAAUAAAAAGAGCGUGGAUAGAGACCUUGACGUUUACCGCAACUUACUCUCGAAAUUGGUUCAAGCCAAGGAACUUCUCAAGGAAUACAUCGAGAGGGAAAAGAAGAAGAGAGAGGAGAGAUUGGAGACGCCCAAGCCGAAUGAGGCUGUUGCAAAAUUCGAUGGAAGCGCUUAUCCCUUGAAGCAUUAA